AUGGGGGCUAGUAGUAGCGGUGGUGGAGGGGAGUACGCGAAGGAACUUGAGUUGCAGAGGCGAGAAGCGGAAUUGAAGGUGCGGGAGGCGCGACUGGCCGAGCGGGAGAAGAUCACGGGAACUUUCACUCCGCCGAAUUGGCCGGUGUGCAAACCGAUGGUGUACCAUGAUAUCGACAAAGAUAUCCCAGCCGGAGGCAGAUGGCUUGUGAAACGAGUAUACGCUGGUUGGUGGCUCGCGGUGAUAGUCUACCUCGCCAACUGCAUCGCCGCGUUCUCGCUCCUCGUGACAAAAGUCUCCACGGGCGGCAACAUGUUUGGCAUUUCAUUGCUGAUUCUACUUGUCGGCACUCCCGUGGCGUUUGUGUUUUGGUAUCGCCCGCUUUACAACGGCGUUCGGAAUGGCAGUAGUGCCAGCUUCUUCGUAUUCUGGUUCAACUAUGGAUUCCAUUUGGGAGUCGCUGCGCUCCUGGCCGUGGGGAUUCCGGGCUGGGGAGGAGUUGGAGUGAUCAUCACCCUCCAGCAAUUCGGCAAAAAUGUGGGCGUCGCCGUCUUAUGCGUAAUCGCAACCGUCCUGAUGAUAUUUGAAGUCUUCUACGGACUUUGGCAGAUCAAAUCUGCGAACACAUAUUUCAAAUCUUCUGGGAUGACAACCGACAGUGCCAAAAAUGAAGCGGCUAUGACCGUCCUGAACAGCAGGGCCGGGAGAGAGGCAGUGAAAACCGCCGCUGCUAGCGAGCUGAGGCGGGCGAUUUGA